AUGUCGAAAUCAACAGCUGUUGCGAAGGCCGCCGAUGCUUCGGUUCCUGUUGAUUCGGAGCAGACCCUAAAGGCCUGCAAAGCGCUUGUCGCCCACAUCAAGAAGGCCGCGACAACACCUCGUAGCGACGGCAAGCAGAACCUGCUUGCUGACGAGGAAUCGACGGUGUCCGAAACGCCUGUUUGGCUCACUCUCACCACGAAGAAGCACAUCCAUGACUCACACCGUCUCCAACCUGGCAAAAUCGUCCUCCCUCAUCCCCUCAACUCCAGUGAAGAGCUGAGUGUUUGCUUAAUAACGGCCGAUCCACAGCGCUGGUACAAAAAUGCGGUCGCGGACGGGUUUCCCGAGGAUCUCCGGACCAAGAUCGGCAGGGUCAUCGACAUUAGCCACCUGAGGGCCAAGUUCAAGACUUUCGAGGCGCAGCGGAAGCUCUUUAGCGAACACGACGUUUUCCUCGCUGACGAUCGAAUUAUUAACCGUCUGCCCAAGGCGCUCGGGAAAACAUUCUACAAGUCCACAGUAAAGCGGCCUAUUCCCGUGGUCCUGAUGGCGCAACGGGCCAAGAUCGAUGGCAAGCGGGUGCCCGCUCCCAAGGGCAAGAAGACGAAGCGUGACCCGGCGGAGAAUGUUAACGCUCGGCCGAUCCCCGAGAUUGUCAGCGAGGUCCAGAAAGCCAUUGGGGCGGCACUCGUCCACCUCAGCCCGUCGACAAACACGGCAGUCAAGGUCGGAUACGCAAGCUGGGAGCCGGAGAAGCUCGCUGCCAACAUCGAGACGCUCGUCCGCGAGUUGGUGGAGCGUUUUGUCCCGAAAAAGUGGCAGAACGUGCGGAAUAUUUAUAUCAAGGGCCCCGAGACGGCCGCUCUGCCCGUCUAUCAAACGGACGAGCUCUGGCUGGAUGAGUCCAAGGUUGUUCCCGACGGCCAGCAGCCGCCAAGCGCGCUUCCUGGCAAGCAUCGGGAGAAGCCAAACAUUGGCAAGAAGCGGAAACUGCUAGAUGCUGAGCCUGAGCCAGCCGCGGAGGAAGCAGUCACGGAGGAGGGGCGCAAGAAGAAGGUCAAGAAGGCGUUGCCGGAGAGCAAUGACGAUAAAUUGGAUAAGGAGAUUGCGGAGCGCAAGGCGAAGCUGAGGAAACAGAAGACCGCGGCGAAGAAGAAGGUGGACAUCUAA